AUGAAGGCGCUCCAUUUCCUGGCGCUCUUGGCGGGACUUGAGUUCACCGUGGCUCAGACGUCAACAGAUAGCAGCCAGACAGCAUCAGUCGAUCUCACAACUAGCAGUAGCAGUAGCACCAUCGCAACAUCGACGGCGUCGACUGGGAGUUCUUCCAGUUCAGCGACCAGCGUAUCGCUCGAGACUGCUACGGUCGGCGCCACCACAACGAGCUCAGAAUCACUUACAACUUCUUCUACAGUCCUUGUAACAACAUCGGACAGCACCAGCACCAGCACAUUGUCCGAUGCGCUCAUCACAAGCACGACCAAUGCAACAUCAAUCACAACGACAUUAGAGACCAGUACCACCACCGCAAGCAUCAUCGCCAGCCUAAGUAGCAGUUCGAUACCACAGACCACAGCCAUAACGUCGACCAACACGGUAUCCCAUAUGCCUGGGUCGACCACCCUGCCUGCAUCCAUAGAUGCCUCCAGUUAUCUAUCGUACGCAUUUCCACCCGGCGCCCCGCAACCGACUUGGGCUACCGGGGAGUUCUACACGAGACUUGCGAGUGCUCUGUACCGUGUAGACAGGUCAUUUAUGCAGCGGCCUAACUACCAAACGAUCGUGCAGGCCAUCAACAGUGCGGCGGAUCAUGCCGGCAGCAAAAUAUCCGCGUCGGUCGAAGCUAGUGCUUGGGGUUGGGGCGUCGUCACAGUACAACCAUGGUACGAGAGUGGUGUUGCUCCUCCACUGCAGACAGAGGUACUUGAAUACAACAGUGCUUGGCACAGCGCGGCAUCCAGCGUACAGGCUCAAGCUAAGGCCGCCCAAGGAGGAAGCGCCGGCGCGGCGCCACCGAGAUGUACGGGGAUGGCCUUAGCUGGAGUUGCAGCGGGGCUUGCGGGAGCCGUCGUUGCCGUCGCGUGA